AUGUGUGGUAAUAAAUUUCAGUAUGGAGUCCAGAAUCAUCUUCUUGAUUUUAUUUCGAGGAACUUUGCUCCUGCCAGUAUUGGGAAUGAAGCGCUGCAGCGGCUUCUGCCGAACUUCGACUUCCACUGCGGACUUGCCUGUGCUGAUCUCCAUAUUCUGCCUCUAUGGGGCUGGCCUGGAGUGGCUAAUGGCUUCGCUUCGGGUUCUGGAUUUAUCACUACCCAGGAGGAUGUCGUCUCCUCCGUAUUCGUCUCCCCCUCCCCCUCCCUCUCCCAUCCUGACCCUUCUCGCCUCGGCUUCUUCCUCCUCUCCGACGAGUCCCUUCUCCAGGUCCUCCUCGAGAUCCGUCAGAACCCCCAGCUCUGCAUCCUCGAUUCCCACUACACUCGUCCACUCUUCACCUUUCGAGAGCUCUCCCCCCCUCCCGUAUCUUCCUUCAACCAAUCCUGCCAUGUCUCCUCCCCCGACGAGUACUCCCUCUUCUUUGCCAAUUGUGCAGCGGGUUCCUCCAUCUCCAUGGACGUGCGCACCGAGGUCUACAACCUCGACCUUGACAACUCCUGGGACUACCUCUCAGCCGGCCUCACCCACCUCCCCACCCUCUUCUUCCUCUUCUCCCUCGCCUAUUUCGCCUUCUUAGCCUUCUGGAUCAACCUUUGUUACACCAACAAGCGCUCCGUCCACCGGAUCCAUCUCCUCAUGGCAAGGUUGCUGCUCAUGAAGGCUCUCAAUUUGAUCUGCGCCGCCGAGGACAAGCAUUACGUGAAGGUCACGGGCACGCCGCACGGUUGGGACGUGUUGUUCUAUAUCUUCCAGUUCAUCGGGGUGGUGGUCCUACUUUUCACCGUCAUUAUUUUGAUCGGGACUGGUUGGUCCUUCUUAAAGCCCUUCUUGCAGGAGAAGGAGAAGAAAGUGUUGAUGAUUGUGAUCCCGCUUCAGGUCCUAGCAAACAUUGCGUCGAUCGUCAUUGGCGAGACCAGGCCGUUUAUUAAGGAUUGGGUGACCUGGAACCAGGUGUUCUUGCUGGUGGACAUUAUUUGCUGCUAUGCAAUCAUAUUCCCGAUCGUAUGGUCGAUUCGGUUGCUGAGGGAGACCUCGAAGACUGACGAGAAGGCCGAGAGGAACUUGGCCAAGUUGACUCUUUUUAGGCAGUUCUACAUGGUUGUGAUCGGGUACUUGUAUUUCACGCGGAUUGUGGUGUUUGCGUUGAGGACGAUUGCGGCAUAUAAGUAUCAGUGGGUGAGUAAUGCGGCUGAGGAGAUUGCUAGCUUCGCGUUCUAUGUGGUGAUGUUCUAUAUGUUUAGGCCCGUGGAGAAGAAUGAGUGCUUUGUUCUCGACCAGGAGGAAGAAGAAAAAAAAAAAAAAAGAUGUUGA